UACGGAAGAGUCGUGGCGCGAAGAGUAGCGUGAACCGUGGAGCCUCUGAGAAAAGCACGCGGAAGACGAGGUUCUGCAGGAGAGAAUCUCAGAGUAGUCUGGGAAGUGUAGUCCAGUUCGCUUAGCAGAAGAUUCGCGGUGGGCGCCGGGGUUCCGGCAAAACGCUGAGCAGGCUUCAAAAGAGGCUGUGACUAUGCCUUUUAACUCUGGAGAGGGAGCAUAAGAAGUGUUUGUUUAAUGAAUGAAUGACCUAUCCAUUUAGGACCUGUUUAGACCCUGAGGAUAACCCUGUGAGUUGCUGAGAUUCAUCCCCUCCAGUUUUUCCUCCUCUGCUAUUUCUAACAGCUGAUAGUUCAUUGGGUCUGGCCCUCAGUGUUGAUCUCAGUAUGCUGCGGCGAAAACCAACCCGCCUGGAGCUGAAGCUUGAUGACAUUGAGGAGUUUGAGAGCAUUCGAAAGGACUUGGAGACCCGUAAGAAACAAAAGGAAGAAGUGGACGUCGUAGGAAUCAGUGACGGAGAAGGUGCCAUUGGGCUCAGCAGUGACCCCAAGAGCCGGGAACAAAUGAUUAAUGAUCGAAUUGGUUAUAAACCCCAACCCAAGCCCAAUAAUCGUUCAUCUCAAUUUGGAAGUUUCGAAUUUUAGAGGCAGAUUAUCUGGCAUGCCAGAGCCCUGGAAUGGAGUAAAAUGCUGGCAGAAGUACAAACAAGAUUUAGAGAAUUGAGUGCUUGCAGUCAAGCAGAAUGUUUUACCUCCUGCAGAGAAACACUUCUGCAUGAGAUUACUGAUGCUUAACUUUUGCUCUAAGUGGAAAUCUAAACUCUAGUUUGUCUCUGGAGAAUUUGACUCUAUAAAACUUGUCUGAUUUUUGUUUUUAAAAAUAAAUAUAUUUUUGGAAAAGUGUGCAACACCUUUAAUGAAGCAUAAUCAUAGCACUGUUAACCCCCCAGACUUUAAAAGGUAAUUGCUACAAGAGGUAACAUCAUUCCUCCCACCUUUAUUGAGAGACUUGAAGCACACAACACUUCAGUUGAUCCCUGUUACUUUCUUUCAACUCAUCUAUUCAGCAAGUAUUUUAUUGAGUGCCUGUUAUGUGCCAGAUACUGUUCUAGGCACUUAGUAACAUCAGUGAACAAAAUCAAAGAUCCCUGCCCUUGUGGAGAUUAGAUUCUAGUGAUUUUGUGUAAAGGUGGUCAUGCUGUGAGUUUCCAGAAUCUGUUUACAGAAUGGCUUUGUAGCUAGUCUGAGUGUAAUUUGGGGAGGGGGACAGUGGAGGGAAACACAGUAAUAGGAAUGCUCCUAACAGAAUUACCAUCAUUCCAGUUUUCCUUCCUUUUCCAACUUGCCUAAGAAUUUUUCCCACUAAGAGCCAAUCAAGAGGGUGAUUGAGAAUCAUGUUGGCGCCUGGCUGGCUCAGUUGGAGGAGCAUGUGACUUGUGAUCUCGGGGUCAUGAGUUUGAGGCCCA